AAAGUCCAUGCACUCACUGUCAUGACUGGUCUUAACCUUAAUUUUUUAUACGUAGAAAGAAAUAUUUUAUUAUCUUAGAUCAUAAAUAAAGAAAAGAAAUCAACUUGGAUCCAUCUAAAACUAAACAAAAUACAUCAUCUUUGCAAUACCAGAUCCGGAAACUGUCUUAAAAAGCUGUUUCUGCUCUUUUUGGGGUCUGAAACAUUUAUUCCAUUUCUCUUCAAUUGAACAUGGUGAUGUGUAAUAUGCUGUACGAUAUAGGGUUUUUGUUUGUCUUUCUGUGAAGUUUCUCGGGUCUUCGGACCAAUCUUGGGGACCUCUCUACAUUUGGAAAGGUAACUGAGAUUUUUUUGGGUUCUGUUAAGUUUCUAUAAAUGGAAAGUUCAAGAGGCAGGAGGGUUGAGAAAAGAGGUUAUGAUCAGAGUGUUGAUGAUGAAGCUGACAACCUGCCAGAAUCAAAAAAGGCAAAAUUGCCUGCUUUAGCAAGUGUAAUUGUGGAAGCUUUGAAGGUGGAUAGUUUGCAAAGACUUUGCUCAUCUUUGGAGCCUUUGUUUCGCAGAAUUGUCAGUGAAGAAGUGGAACGUGCUUUGACAAGGUUAGGCCCUGCUAAAUUGGCUGGAAGGUCAUCACCACCAAAACUUCCAGGCCCAGAAGGAAACAAUCUACAACUUCAUUUCAGAACAAGAAUGCCUCCUCACCUGUUCACAGGAGGGAAAGUUGAGGGGGAGCAAGGGGCAGCUAUCCAUGUUGUCCUGUUAGAUGCAAGUACUGGAACUGUUGUGCAAACUGGACCAGAAUCAGCUGCUAAACUGAAUGUUGUGGUUCUUGAAGGUGACUUCAAUGAGGAAGCUGAUGAAGAUUGGGCAAUGGAGCAUUUUGAAAGCCAUGAAGUAAAGGAGCGUGAAGGUAAAAGACCACUGCUGACUGGGGAUCUACAGGUCACUCUCAAGGAAGGGGUAGGAACUCUCGGAGAAAUUACUUUUACUGACAAUUCUAGCUGGAUAAGGAGCAGAAAGUUCAGGCUUGGUGUUAAGGUUGCUCCUGGAUAUUGUGAGGGGUUUCGUGUUCGUGAGGCUAAGACAGAGGCAUUUGCUGUUAAAGAUCACCGAGGAGAAUUAUACAAGAAACACUACCCACCAGCUUUACAUGAUGAAGUUUGGAGAUUGGACAGAAUAGCGAAGGAUGGAGCAUUGCACAAAAAGUUGGUAAAGGCUUAUAUUACAACAGUUGAAGAUUUUCUCCGUGUUCUCAUUAGAGAUCCACAGAAAUUAAGACAUAUCCUUGGAAGUGGAAUGUCAAAUAAGAUGUGGGAGAAUACAGUUGAGCAUGCAAAGACUUGUGUCUUAGGAGGAAAGCUUUAUGUUUAUUAUGCUGAUGGUAAUCAUAGCACUGGUGUUGUUUUCAAUAAUAUAUAUGAGCUCAGGGGCCUUAUUUCAGAUGGGCAGUUCCUCUCAUUGGAAUCGCUUAACGACAAUCAAAAGGUUUCAGUGGAUUCCCUGGUGAGACAAGCAUAUGAGAAUUGGCAUCAAGUUGUAGAAUAUGAUGGCAAAGUCCUGAACUCCCUAGAUAGCAAUAACAGAGGCAAAGGAGCCUCCACUGCGCCCCUUGUUGAAAACAGCUACGAGAGAAAUGACUACAUAACAUCUGCUCAAAACAAGCAGCAGUUUGAUCCUUCUGAACCAAGUCCACAACACCAAGCCAUAAAUAACCACCCAUCAGUCCCUCAGUUGAUUGAAUUUCCAUUUGUUAGGUCUGAUCAGAAUGCUGUAAUGACCCUAAAUAACAUAAAUAAUCCACAAGCAGCAUUAUCUGGCAGCGUGGAUUAUAUGUCAGUUGGAACUCCUUCUGUUGGGGGUGUUUACUUUCCAGGAGAUUGGUCUCGGACAAGGAAUGAGAAUGGAUUGGAAGACUUUUUUGCAGAAGAAAUACGGCUAAGGAGUUCAGAGAUGUUGGAGAGUGAUGACAUGCAGAGACUGCUAAAAACAUUUGGUGUGGGUGGAGUUGGGAUGGGACCUGGUUUUGGCCAUUCUGACGAGGCUUGUUACUCUUACAGCAUUCAAGCAUAUGAGCCUCGGAUGAAUCAAGCAUAUGCGCAGGAGCGUGGAAAGGGCUCAGGGAAGGCUGUCGUUGGAUGGCUUAAGCUGAAAGCAGCUCUACGUUGGGGGAUAUUUGUAAGGAAGAAAGCUGCAGAGAGAAGAGCUCAGCUUGUUGAGCUUGAUUAAGUUGAAUAUUUAAAUCUAAUUUAACUCGAGUUCUAUCGACAUUAUAUCUGUUUAUGUGCCUGUGAAUCUUUUAAUGGUUUUUUCGAUUGUUGAGAGACAUAGUGAAUACUUGCAAAGUUUAACAUAUUGGAAUUGAAAGGCACGCUGGAUUAUUCCAGGUUCUGCUCUA